GGGUGAAUGAGUCCAUGAAAAUAUUAGGGAAGACACGAGGAUGAAUUUAGGAUGUUGGUAAUAUUUAAAAUGGGUCUGAAGAACGGGAUCAUAUAAAGUGAGCCGGUGUGUGAAUGUGACUGAAACCCGGGGAGAGUUGCCAAAAUCUGGAUCCUGUGUCAAGUCUGUGACUGACUGGGACUUAAGUGCGCAGGUGGACCCAGGCCAGAGACAGCAGUGAAGAUGGGAGGUGGAGGCCAUCUGACGGAGGCAGGGGAGCCGGGCAGCGGGCAAGCCGGGGGGGUCUACACCUGGGAGGAGGUGCAGAGCCACUGCAACAGGAUGGACCAGUGGCUGGUGAUUGAUCGGAAGGUUUACAACAUCACACAGUGGGCCAAAAGACACCCAGGAGGCAGCCGGGUCAUCAGCCACUACGCAGGAGAGGACGCCUCGGAGGCAUUCACUGCUUUUCAUCCCAACGUAAAAUAUGUACAAAAGUUUCUGAAGCCCCUGUUCAUUGGAGAGCUGGCAGCAACAGAGCCAAGUCAGGACCGGGACAAAAACGCGGCAAUCAUAAAAGAUUUCCACUCUUUACGUGCGAAGGCAGAGAGCGAGGGUCUGUUUGAAGCCCGGCCUCUGUUCUUCUGCCUCCACCUGGGUCACAUCCUGCUGCUGGAGGCCCUUGCCUGGCUCAUCAUCUGGGUCUGGGGGACCAGCUGGACUCUGACGUUUCUGAGCGCCUUCAUGCUGGCAACUGCUCAGUUGCAGGCUGGGUGGCUGCAGCAUGACUUUGGCCAUCUGUCCGUCUUUAAGAAAUCCAGCUGGAAUCACGUGUUGCACAAGUUUUCCAUCGGCCAUUUGAAGGGUGCGUCUGCUAACUGGUGGAAUCACAGACAUUUCCAGCAUCAUGCUAAACCCAACAUCUUCAGUAAGGACCCUGAUGUCAACAUGUUGCACGUCUUCGUGGUUGGAGCCACUCAACCAGUGGAGUACGGCAUAAAAAAGAUCAAAUAUAUGCCCUACCACUACCAACACCAGUACUUCUUUCUUGUUGGACCCCCGCUACUUAUUCCAAUUUACUUCCACGUGCAGAUCAUACGCACCAUGAUUUCACGCCACGACUGGGUGGACCUGGCUUGGUCUUUGUCGUACUACCUUCGCUACCUGUGCUGUUCUAUACCCAUGUUCGGCCUGUUCGGCUCAGUGAUGCUCAUCACCUUUGUCAGGUUUUUGGAGAGUCACUGGUUUGUGUGGGUGACUCAGAUGAAUCAUCUGCCGAUGGACAUCGACCACGAUAAGCACCGGGACUGGCUCUCCAUGCAGCUAAAGGCCACCUGUAAUAUCAAGCAGUCCCCCUUCAACGACUGGUUCAGCGGGCACCUCAACUUUCAAAUCGAACAUCAUUUGUUUCCCACGAUGCCGCGCCACAACUACCAUCGGGUGGCCCCGCUGGUCCGUGCUCUGUGUGAGAAACAUGGGAUUCCUUACAGCGUCAAAACAAUGUGGCAAGGCAUUGUUGAUGUUUUCAGGUCACUGAAGAACUCGGGCGACCUCUGGCUUGACGCGUAUCUCCAUAAAUGAGGUCUUUUCUCUACACUGUACCUACAGGAAGUUUUUCUCUUCUACUGCAUCGUACAUUGAUUGUAUCUGUUCGGUUUUAUACUCCAGUUGAUAGUACGGGAAUGAUCCUUUCUUAGUGUCGUUUUAGUAUUUUCAGAUUCAGUGCGCAAUUUUUGUGCUCACAGGAUUUCUCUGAAUUGCCUUACAGCGUCUUGAGCAACAGUGGUAUGGUGUUAUAGAUACAGUUGUAAAAAUGGAUUGUGAGGUAUUUUAAAGUGAUGUUUUUUUCAUUAUCUAUCAUGCUGAAACAACAAAAAAUGACAAAUCCUGUUUAAUUGAGGAUAAGUUAUCAUUGUACUUAAUUGAACUUCUUUCUUGAUCUUACAUUAUACAAUAAAAUAACUAUUGACUGUUUCUCCACCUCGGGUUUUAUUAAUCCAGUGACAAACACAGGAAAUAAAGUCAUUACAAAAAGAUGAGACAUCAAAUAUUUAACAAGAUAUUAUUUUAUUGUCCCAUUAUAUUUACAACCCCUUGAAUGCCCAAAUCUUCAUUUAAGUAUUAUUAUCAGAGCAACACACUUUCAUGUUUUCCUUAUUUUUCCUGUAUGUGUUCAGCUUACACUGCAAAUAUCAUGCUGCUCCAAAACAACAUGAAUGACAGCAUCUCACUGUUAUGUACAAUAAUGUCAUGAAUGAGUUUCUCUUGCCAGAAUGUCUGAAUUCUGAUUAAAAACAUUAUUUCUAUUAAUACCUACAGCUGAACUGCAGUUAGUAAGCAGGAUUGAUGAGAAUACUUCUGACAUAUACAGUAGUUUUAAUUAUAGUUGUAAACAGUAAUAUGAAAAUAAAUGGCUAUAUAUCAGAAAAGGUGUCAAACAUUCUGGCACAGGUUUAGUUAUGCUAUAGCUAAGAUCUACUUAUUGAAGUCAUUCAAUAAACAGCUGCAAUAUUGACAAUGAGCAUAAACAUUGACCACACAGUACAAAUAUGCACAAUACAUGCAUGGUGUGCUUACACAUGCUCCCACACACACCCUCUCACAACUGUACAUGGAUUCACAGUCACCCUCUUUCAUACAACAACAAUGAAAACAGAAGCAACAUAAUUAGAUAAGAAAACACUGGAAUACAUACA